UCCAUAAUGAUCCAUAGGGCCUCACAUGUAAUCUCUCGACCCACUAAUUGGUACCGGAAUCUGUCGACGUCUAAGGUGCACUUUCUAGCGCAUAGCUUUGUCGUGUGUCCACUGUACAUGGUUCGCAGGAGUUUCUUCCAUGGCGAAAAUAGCAGAAGGGUCAAGAUACCAGCUUCUCCUCUCAUGUCCUUCUGGCCUCUCUCUAUCUCAGGUGUCGGUGGAUUUCUCGAAAUCUCAUGAUCGGAUUCAACAUCCCGAUCACGAUCUUGAAGAUUCUAUUGCACAGGCUUGGGAGCAGAGAACACAGGGCAAUUCGUCGUUGUUCAAUGGACAAAAAUUCAGAUUUGGAUCAAUAUGUUUAGAUGGUGAUGCUGGUACCAACGAACUGCCACACGUCUACCUUCGCCUUGGCCUGACAGAUUACAGGUUACUCUUUAUCUCUCUCUCUUUUUUUUUUUUUUUAAAAUUACAGGAUCAACCUUCAUUGGUUUCUUGGACAUGGUUUUCAAGGACUUUUGUAGGAACGAAUUUGAGCUCUCAGUGGGAGAAGUUCCUAGUUACAUCACAAGAUGACUGUGUAAGAUGUCGACAUACAUCAAGUCCAUUGGGUAAUGCUGCGGUUAUAGAGACGUCUGACCAUAAGAUUAUUGUGUUACGCCGGAGUGAUAAUGUCGGGGAAUUUCCAGGUCACUACGUAUUUCCUGGUGGCCAUCCAGAGCCGAUGUCAGUAGGAAUUGAUUCUCAUCAGCUUGAAAAAGAUGGAGAUGUUUUAAACAAGAAGGUGACUCGAGAAAUGUUUGACAGCAUUACUCGUGAAGUUGUGGAAGAAACUGGGAUACCAGCAUCAUCUCUUAGCACUCCUCUCUUUAUUGGAAUAUCUCGGAGGGAGUUGAAUGUGAGGCCAGCUAUGUUUUUCUUCAUCAAGUGUAAUCACCAUUCAGAUGACAUUCCGGGACUAUAUUCUAGUGCUGAAGAUGGGUUUGAGUCAACACAGCUCCACACUGUCUCUUUGGAGGAGCUGAAGACAAUGACAUCAAGAAUGCCAGGUUGCCACCAUGGUGGCUUUGCGCUCUAUGAACUGAUGCUUCAACGUCUGAAGAGCACUAAUGAAACGCCUUUAACAUCGACCUAAGAGGAACGAACUUAAACUCACGAUUUUGUAUGUUGGAUAAGUGAACUCAGUAAGUAGCUCAUUAGCUAGUUGACAAUGUACCUAAUGGUAUUAAGCGUCGGGAUGUUGUUAUGUCAUUACUUAACUUUCUAGCAAAUUUGUACUAUUUUGUUUACAUGAUGAUUCGUAAGCUUAUUAUA